GCUAUCUAUCCCACACCCAGGACUUCGGUGCGCUGUAAGCAAUUAGCGCUCAAGAAAUUCGUCCACACAUUAUUUCUCGGCCUGUCCCUCGGCGACCAUACAGUAAACAGCACCCCAGCAACCCAGCUGUUAGAGGUCAGACUUCUUGUCUACAAUACAAUUUGAGUAAACCGCGCUGCCUCCAGGCCUUGUUAUCAGGAGCAAACCUUCCAUCCCCUCCACCGGGUCACUGUGGAACCUGAUAUUUUUUUGUGAAAAUGAAAUGUCUAAGGAGGAUAAGCUCUGCGGUGGACAAAGGUGCGGGACCGUUUCGGCCACUCGUGACUGUUGAAUUCUGGCCAGAAGGGCCAUGUGGUGUAAUAAUUGCUCAUUUCUUCUGGUGACACUCUUCUUUGCAAUCUGCGACUCCUAGACAACCCAGCGCAACAGCUUCAGGCGAGGGCGGGCAUCGGCGCGAACCCUGGAUGAUAGAUAUCGCCGCACUUACAUACCUUUAUUGCUCAGACGGUCCCUAUUGGAAUGUCGCACUCAUUUACAGGUCUCACGGGCCUGUACCGCUCUCUUGGGCGGUUCACUGCGCGCCGCCCGUGGGCCGUUAUUGGCAUCACGGUGGCCAUCACCCUUGCAUGCAGCGUGGGGUUUCUCCGGUUCGCAGUGGAGGAGGAUGCAGAGAAGCUGUACACCCCCCAGGAUGCGCCUUCCUUCGUGGACAAGGCCUACGUUGACGCGUACUACCCCUCUGAUUCCCUCUCGGUGAAGCUGCUGUCGCUGAGCACUCAGGACGGCGGCAACGUCCUCACAAAGGAGCACCUGCUUGAACACCUGCGCGCCUGGCGCGUGGCGACAAACCAGACCGUGGAGGCCAAGGGACUGAUGUACAAGUUCACGGAUGUGUGCGACUCUGUGUCCGAGCGGAGCACCGAGUGCAGGAUGGACAGCAUUCUGGCAUUCUGGAACUACAACGAGACCACGCUGCGGAAUGACGCCAACAUUCUGUCCACCAUCAACCGCCGCGACGUUGCAUUGGACUACCUGGGCCGCCCCGUCAACCUGAACUGGGUCCUCGGCGGCGUGCGGCGGGACGCGUCCGGCGCGGUGGUGUCGGCGGAGUGCUUUCAGACGGUGCUGUAUAUGAAGUAUAAUCCGGAGGUGGAUGACAAUGAGGAUAGCCCGACGGUCGUGUAUCAAAAGCGCGUAGUGGAGGUCUGCUAUGACAACUGGAGCUCUACUGUCCUGGCACAGUAUGUGUCCUGCGACGCCGCAGUGGGCCGCGAAUCCACCGAUGCCAUUAACCGGGACGUGAACCGGCUGUCUGUGGGCUACAUCCUCCUCAUCAUCUACACUUUGUUCGUGCUGUGGCGCAACAGCUGGGCCUACCAGAAGGUGCACGUGGCGCUCGGCAGCUUCCUGGCCAUUGGCAUGGGCAUUGCCGCUGAUUUCGGCAUGCUGUCGGGCUUCGGCCUCAAGUUCAACUUCGUCUGCCAAGUGCUUCCGUUCCUGCUGGUCGGCGUGGGCGUAGACAACACGUUUGUGAUCGUGUCCAAUUACUUUGAUCAGGACCCGGAUGCCCCCAUUGAGCACCGCCUGGGAGAGGCCAUGGCGCUCGGUGGAUCCUCCAUCACCGUCAGCUGCCUUACCAAUGUUAUUGCCUUCGCUGUUGGCACGUACACAAGCCUGGAGGCGCUGCUCAGCUUUUCCGUGUAUGCGUCUAUUGGCGUGCUCAUGGUGUUCAUCUUCCAGGUGACCACGUUCCCGGCAUUCCUGGCUCUGGACGCCCGCCGAGAGCUGCGUUUGCGCCUGGCUGCCGGAGGCUGCGGUGGCUGCUGCGUGGCGCCGUGCUGCUGCCAGGAGGAGCCGGUGGCGGAGCAGCUGCAGCACGGCAACAAUGGCUGGACGCUGGACUCGAACAUCUACAAGCACGACCACGACGGCGCCGCAGGUGAUGUGGGCGCCCCGGCCGCCGCGCCCAGCGCCACCUCAGCCCCUGUGCCGCACGGCGCGCUCAAGCGCAGCGGAAGCAGCACGCUCUCUGCCAGCGGCUCUACCGGCGACCUGAACGUCAACGUCAAGGUGUCGGUGCGUCCGCCUUCGCCCGACGGCAUGAAGCAGCAGGCGUUUGUCAGCGAGGCGCCAGCACCGGCGUCUGGCCCGCGCGACUUCACUACCAGCACAAUCACGUGCUGGGGCAAGCGCGUGUUUAACCCCCACGACGACCAGCUGUCUACCAAAAUGAUUGCGCGCUGGCUGCCGCGUGUGUCGCUGACGCUGUGGGGGAAGAUCUUGGUGGUGGUGCUGGAGUGCGUGUUCCUGGGCUUCGCCAUUUACGGCUGCACCAAGGUGUAUCAGGACUUCAACUUCCGGGAGAUGUUCGUGCCCGAGGGCAACUGGCUGCACGAGGCGUUCCAGGUUGAGGACCGAUACUUCGGCGGCGAGAAGGUGCCGGUGGCGGCGUACACCCGGGAGCCAGUGGACGGCCGUGACUACUUCUACUACCAGGACCAGCUGGCAGAGCUGAGCAAGAGCUUCGGGUCGGACCCGUACAUUACGAACGUGCCCCCAGUCAACUCCUGGUACGACAACUACCAGAACUGGUUGGUGAAUGGGUCCGCCUACUCCAGGCAGCUGGUGAACGGCCGCGCGCCGAACGAAACAGCCUUCAAUGGCUGGCUCAAGGAGUGGCUGGGUGGUACCGGCCGCGCCUAUGCCGCCAACAUCCUGAUCAACUCUACCACGGGCCGCAUCUACGGCAGCCGCCUGCCCGCCUUCACCAAAGACGUGGUGGACGGCGCCUGGGCCAUCAAGUGCGUGGACUCCACUCGCGACACCGUGGCCGCGGCGGCGCCCGGCCUGGAACCCAUCGCGUUCGGCGUCUCGUACACAUUCUGGGACGGCUUCCGCUCGAUCACUUUCUCCACCAUUACCAACGUAAUCAUUGCGGCCGCUGCCGUCUUCCUGGUGACACUGCUGCUGCUGGCUGACAUCGUGGCCUCACUCAUCGUGGGCUGCAUGGUGGUGCUGUGCGAUGUCGGCGUGCUGGGCUCCAUGCACCUACUGGGUCUCACGUUCAACAGUGUGACCUGCAUUGUACUGGUGCUGGCUGUGGGUAUCUCUGUGGACUACUCUGCUCACGUCAUGCGUGCCUUCCUGGUGUCCACCGGCACGCGGCAGGAGCGUGCUCACAAGGCACUCGUGGAGAUCGGCGGUGCCGUAUGGAACGGCGCCGCCACCACCUUCCUGGCCGUCCUGCCCAUGGCGGCUGCAGAGCACUACAUCUUCAACACCAUCUUCCAGAUGUUUGGCAUUCUGAUCCUGCUGUCUAUCUGGCACGGCGUGGUGUUUCUGCCAGUAAUCUGCUCCUGGAUGGGGCCGCCCUCCUACCGCGACAUGGAUGGUGAGGACUCGCAGUACAGCAAGAAGGACGCGGUGGUGGAGGUCGUGUAAGCCCCCAUCCCAGGCCUCGGCCGGCCGCCCCCGUCCACCAGUGCCCGGCGGCUGUGCAACUGCGACAGAUUACCAUCGUACUGCUGUUGCAGUGUGUUGGCGCAGGCGCAGGGAUGACACGAGGGGCGUGAGACUUGGGGGGCUUCGUAUGGGUCUGUUCUCGCUGUCUGCUCGGUGCAUUGCCAUGUAUGACCAGUUGCGAUCGAUGCCUGGGUCCAUUCGUUGGCCUUGUGACUCCUGGCGUGGCCUCGUAAUUCAUCUUGUGUACAUAUACGCAUCACCAUUCCUUGCCUUCAACGUAUUCGGCGCUAGGGAGUAGGGUAGCUAGUCGCGUGUGGCCUAAUGCAUUUUACGGACGUGCGCGAUUGCCGUGCACGUCGCUUGGUUGUGGACCAGGGCGCUGGCUGUCAGGCUGGCUGUCACAGGCUUACCCACGUUGCGUACUGUCCUUAAAUUGAACGAAAAGUUAUGGAAACUCUACAUUGUCUGUGUGGAGAAACACAUAAGCAGCGCUGCCGGAUGAUGUGCAGUGUGUGGUGUGGGUUCAGCCCAUCAUCCUUGAAGAAGAAACCCCCUCCCUUGCCUUGGGGUUGAAUGGAGAUCAGGUUAGUCAGGAGGCAAGAGACUGGGUCGGGGUCGGGUCAUGCCGGUAACGUUGCCGGCUUAGAUGCUGCAGCACCCAGGCAACACCCGGCAACACUGCCUCUGCGUCACCUCAGUGGCUGCUGGGUUGAGCUCUUGCAACUUGCGCUCAGGGUCAGGGUCAGGGUCAGGGUCAGGGUCAGGGUCAGGGUCAGGGUCAGGGUCAGGGUCAGGGUCAGGGUCAGGGUCAGGGUCAGGGUCAGGGUCAAGGCUAUCCCUGAGCUAGCCUGAGCUAGCCUGAGGUUUCAGAUGGCCGGUGGCGGGUGUUGAGGUGUGGUGUAGGCUCAGGGCUCCUAUCUUAAUGUCUCC